GGGAAGGAGGGCUAAUCAAACUACAAUGGCCCACCCAGACUGCAGAAACACGUCGAAUCCGUACCACGAAUGCAGUGCAUAUUGCUUCAGAAUCAUUGCUGAGGCCAAGGCUCAUGAUAGGAGAGAUUCGGAAGUAGCAGACGCUAACGCGGAGGGCAGCCACUCUAAGCUACCUUAUCAUGAGGUUGCAGCUUCGCGUGAUGAGAUAUAUGAUGCUGAAGAGCUUGCUAACGAUGAUAACAAACCGCCAGUUGAGGAAAAUGUGGAGGGGGACAUCGCUAAACUUACAGGAAGGAAGAAGAAAUUGUUUGAUUUAAGCCCUAAGAUGAAUGAGGCGAGGAAGGCUAAUCAAACUGCAGUGGCCUACCUGGACUGCAGGAACGUGUUGAAUCCGUACCACGAAUGCAGUGCAUAUUGCUUCAGAAUCAUCGCUGAGGCCAAAGCUCAUGAUAAGAGAGGUUCGGGUUGGUGUUCUCUGUAUGUGCUUCUGAGUUUUCCGCCAUAUCCAGUUGCUCAAUGUCAAUCACUCUUCUUUUGAGCUUGUAUGUGAUUAACAAAUGAAAUUCUGUCAUGGUGCGUCCUUUGCUGAUGGGCUGUGCAGGUAUGUAGGUUUUUGUCUUUUGGAGAAUUUGAGAAGUGUCAUGGCUUGUGAUCAGUUGGGCAAUAGAAAGU